GUGAGUCUUAGAUUGAGUCAGUAGGUCUGUCAGUCAGGGGUUGGCAUCUACGUGGUGAGGUUUGGAACCUCUAACCUGGUUGUACACUUAUCACCAUGGUUGAGACCCGCACUGGGAAGGAGACUAGUCCCUAUACCCCUGAGCAGCAAGCGAAGAUGGCCGCCAUAGUAAAAGAGAGUAGGGAAAGAAAAGAGCGUGAGAAGCAGGCGAAACUCAAGGCUAUCGCAGACGAGCAGGCGGCAAAGAUGAAGGAAGUGGAGGAGGAGAUGAAGAAGAAGGAGAAGGCUGCUGAAGAAGAAGCGGCAACAGAAGAAGAAAAGGAGAGAAUGAGGAUUGAGAGUGGAGAAGGAAGCAGUAGUGGCACGAUGAAGAGGGAGUCAGAUAUUGAGAUGGAGAAGAAGAUCAGCGAGUUGGUCGCUAAUUUAUCGUUGGGUGAAGAGGAAGAGGCGGAGUCCUACGUGACUGAGGAUGAGAGGGCGGCACUAGCCAGUGAGCUCGCAACAAUGACAGAUCCUAUGGAAAGGCGAGAAAGGGAGGAAGAGCAGAAAUUGGCAUGGAAGUUUGAGGAUGAAGCGAGAGAAGAAGAGGAGGAGAGAGGAACCGGUUGUGAAAACAACCUGGUUGCAUAUUCCAAAGUCACCCCUCUUUCCCAAUUCCUCAAGCUCCUCAAGGAGCGUUUCGCUGACCCAACGCGAGGCAUAAGAGCCUUUGACAAGCUCCAAACGAUCCACUCACGGCAAUGGAGGAGUGCCAAGGCACUCAAGGGUACAAUGAACGACUUGGUAGUCGUCCCGGACCAUGGGGUCACUGAGCCCCAGCUGCUCCAGUUGUUUUAUCGUGCCAUUCCAGAGGCCCUACGCGGGCAUUUCUUUGACAAAUCUCAGCAGGCCGGGAUCACUUACGAUGCAUUGAGUAGAGAAGUCGUCCUGUAUGAGUCCAAGUCUAUGACAGAUACCACUUUCUGGCAUAAGGACCUGGAGAAGGGGAAGAAGUGGAAGGAUCGUACCAUAUCGGGCCAAGUCAAGGCCAAGGAUCACUUGAUCCUGACAUUAGAGGAGGGUGGUACAGAAGAGGUUCCAUAUGACCAGAUUGAGUGGGGCCUAGGGGAGGAGUACAGUAGUGUAGGGCAGGGGAGGUUUUACGCUGCUGUCGCGGCCGGAAGGAGGCCGCAAGAUAACACCUUGGCACAUUGCUGUCUCAGUGCCCCCGCGUUUGCGCGAUUGGUGAGAAAGGAGCGGUUAGAGGAACAGGUCUUUGUAGUGUAUGUUAGACCUGUCACCGAGGGCCAGGAAAAGGAUAGUUCCACAGAUCCAACAAUUGCCAAGUUGCUGGAAGAGUUCAAGGAUUUGACUGAGUCGCCGACAGGAGCAGUGUCGCGACCCAUCCAGCACAGGAUAGAGAUAGAGCCUGGCAGUCGAACUCCUAAGGGUGCCGUCUACAGGAUGUCCCCUAGAGAGUUAGAGGAGCUUCGCAAGCAGUUAGACGAACUCCUUGAGAAGGGUUGGAUCAGGCCCAGUUCGUCUCCUUUCGGAGCACCAGUUUUGUUUGUCCCCAAGAAGGAAGGAGAACUUCGUAUGUGUAUAGACUAUAGGGGUUUGAAUGCGAUCACAGUGAAGAAUGCUGAGCCGCUGCCCCGGAUAGACGAUCUUUUAGAUCGGGUGCAGGGUUGUAAGUAUUUCUCUAAGAUAGACUUAAAGUCCGGAUACCAUCAGAUAGAAGUCCAUCCUGAUGAUCAGUACAAGACGGCAUUCUAGACUAGAUAUGGGCAUUAUGAGUUUGUAGUGAUGCCCUUUGGACUAACCAACGCGCCAGCUACUUUUCAUCGUUGUAUGAAUGACCUGUUUAGACCAUGGUUAGAUAAAUUUGUAGUAGUCUA